GUGAAAUCCUUUGGCGCUUCAUUGAUCGUAGGUGGACAAACCAACUCCACCAACUGAUACAUACCUUCACCUACUUCUUGAACCCGAAGUUCUACUUCUCCGAUUCAUUUAGGGCUAAUGAGGAGGUCAUGGCAAGUGUUAUUGCAUGCAUUGAUAAGAUGACACUUGAUGCUGAGUUGAGAGACAAGGUUCUUGAUGACUUGGAGAUCUACAAGAGUGCAGAGAGGAGACUCUUCUCAUCACAACUAGCAAUUGAUAGGAGAGGAAAACAACAACCAGAUUUAUGGUGGGAGAAUUAUGGUGUUGGCGUGCCUAAUCUUCAAAAGAUAGCCGUUUGUGUUUUGUCUCAGCCAUGCAGUGCUUCUGGGUGUGAACGAAAUUGGAGUGUAUUUGAGAGCAUUCACACAAAGAAGAGAAAUAGAUUGACACAAAAGCAGCUCAAUGAUCUUAUCUUCAUUUGGUACAACCUUCGCCUUCGAGUUACAAAGGUGAAGGGUGUUUCACAUGAGGCCAUUGACUUGGGUGAAAUUGAUCCAUAUGGUGAUUGGACCGUGAAUGAACAAAAUGAUGGUGAUGAUGUCCUCCUUACCGAAGAAAAAAUUGCAAAAAUAGAGAGAGGAGCAUCACAAGAAGCAGUUUGAGCAAGAUUGGAGGAAAUGGAGGAGGCUGAAAAUGAGGACUUUCAUUUAGAAGAAGAAGCAUCUUACCAUUUAGAUACCACAACACCCACUACUACUACUUCUAGCUUAAGGCCUGAAAAAUUGAGCUAUAUUA